AUUUAGUAAAAUUUGAAGAAAAUUCAUGCAUUGCUGCAAUUCAUGAAAGUGGCCAAUGGAACGUCGAAAUUUUUCGUGCAAUAAUUUUCAAUGCUGUGCUCGCACAGAUUGUUGGUUACGAAUACGUGGCCCUGAAUUGCCCUGCAUAUCAAGGUCUCUAUUCAUUGUUGGACAACCAGUACCACAAUUGCAAGGGCCACCAACGUCUUCAAAUUUAGCAUUUCGAUAUACAAGACCUACAGAAAUUAUUCAGGAAGAUAUAAAUUUGAAACAAUUACUUCUUUCGGAUACCACAAUACAAUGCUCUCCUCUUCAUCUGCGCCAGUUACUAAGGCUCUAUAAAAUUGAUGUUCUCUCUCCAGCGCAUAUUCUAUUUUUGCUUGUUUACCUUAUUGCAUUGGAGUGUGGUUUUGUGCCGAGACAUCUAUUUAAGAAAUUUUGCCGUGUGCUUUCGACAAUUCCACCUUUCCUUACCUAUCACUCAAAAAAUGUAUUGUUUCUAAGUAGGGAAAAGCCGAUAUAUCAGUUUAAGAGCCCUCACGAGACAUAUUUUUCCAUUGAGCUUCGUGUACUAAAUCGAAAUGUAAAGCAUAGCUCUCUUAACUCAAUACUUACGGCUCUUGUGAGUGGGGAUUAUCUACUUGUGACUUUAACGCCGACUACAACUACUUUGCGGGGCUUUAGUUCUUGUUUGUCAAUUAACCGUUAUAUUAUAUCACAUUUAACAUUGCGUGAACCGAUAUCGCGAUAUUUUAGAAAUCUUGAUCAAUUAACGGUAAAACUGCGGGACGAAGUUUUUAUACCAGUUCGCAAUGAGCAAUUAGCAUAUUUGGGGGCGAGUCCUUAUCCUUCAAUUAAUGGUCUGCCAGUGGAGAGUCGUGAGUUCCUCUACGGAUAUCUAAAUGAAACAGAUUUGAAAAAUUUGUCUCAAAUGUCGAAACAAUUUUAUGCAGAAAUUGAAAAGAGAAACAUGGAGAGCUACAAAGAGGGCAUCCACAAUGGACCUAACGAACAGACCGAUUUCGAAGAAAGCGUUUUGGAAAAACAUAACAGUAAAAACAUAUUUGUUUGA